AUGGACUCAGCAGACGUAGAAACAGUAACAACUCCCAUGCCAACUCGGCUUCUCUUCUCAGACACGCCAUUUUUUCCAUCUGAUACACGCAACCUCUCCCCUCUUUCUUCAGCCUUUUCAGACUCUUCUUCCAACAACAAUAAUUUUCGUUCCUGUUCGAAAUGGUGGGAAGCGGAAGAGAGCGCGAAAGGAGAAAAGGGGCCGGUCGCUGUAUCAAAGCCUCCGCCUCCGAAGCAAGACAAAAAGGAGGUCGAGGAGGUGGGUGUUUUGCCAGCUGUCCGAGCACGGCAUCAAAUGAUCCCAAGUGGCGAGAAGCAGAAGAGAGGACGGCAGGCGAAGGGGCCAGUCGCCGCUGCAGCAAAGCCUCUGCCUCCACCUCAGAAGCGGGAAAAACAGGAGGAGGAAGGCGUUUGCUUCAUUUGCUUCGAUGGCGGUUCUCUCGUGCUUCGUGAUCGCAAAGGUGCGAAAGCGAAACCUUUAAACGCCGAUUGCCGAAACCCUUUCCCGCCGAAUCCACCCACUAGCAGCCGAUUCUGA